AGAAUACUUAUUGUUAAAUAAAGUCGUGUCUUAACCUUGCAUUGACGUACACACGACUCUCCGUAGAACAAGUUAUGUCGUCCAUAUAAAAUACAACAUUAUACUUUUAUAAGUGCAUUAGGCAAAACGCCAUCGCGGAAAAACCUUUUUUUAAGUAAACUUUACGUGCCCCGUGAAUCAAGUUAAUAGUUUGGAAUAGUUUCGACGAAUAACUUGGGAUUUCAGUUCAGUUUUCGUGCAGGAUUAGUGAUUUCUAUAAAAUUUUAGCAGUUUCGUACUAAAAACAAUGCUGAGCUGGUCAUCCGCCGUCCUGGCUGCGGUCACAGCCGGGAUCCUCGGCUACUGGCUGCACUGGCGCUGGUCACAUCGGCGCAUGCUCCAGCUAGCGGCGCGGCUGCCGGGGCCCAGGGCGUGGCCUGUCAUAGGGAAUGCGCUCAUGUUCAUGAGGAGGCCUGAAGACAUCCUCGGAGUGAUCAGCUCGUUGGUCCGGGAGCACGGGCGCUACAGCCGGGUGUGGCUGGGCCCGGAGCUGCAGGUGGUUGUGCAAGACCCCGCCGACAUCCGGAUGCUGCUGCAGAAGGUAAAUAAGAAAGGGCCCAGCUACGAGUUUCUGGUGCCCUUCAUCGGAGAAGGAAUACUAACGGGAGGCCCAACCUGGCGCCUCCACCGCAAGCUGGCCACCCCGUCCUACAACAAGCGCUCCGUCCAGCACUUCCAGGCUGUGUUCAACGAGGAGGCGGGGCACUUGGCGCGUCUGCUCGCCACCAAGGACCCGGGGAAGACCUUCAAUGUGUACGAGGAUGUGGUGGAUACCACUACGCAGAUGGUUUGCCGAACCCUGAUGGGGCUGUCGAAGAAAGAUGCACAAUCCGUGCACAGGCUCGCUGAAGUCGUAAAGGAAACACCGAAUAUGUACACGCUGAUUUUCCAAAAGAUGACGCGAUGGUUUUACCAGAUCCCAAUGAUUUACUAUUUGGUGGGAGCUAAAGCCAAGGAGCAAUACUACGUCAAGAUCGUGGAUGAUUUGUCUUCAGAUAUUGUUGCUAAGAGGAGAAAAGCUCUGAAGGAAGAAAACGUGACGAGUUUGGAAGAAACGGACACGGCGGCUAUCGGCAUAGUGGACCGGUAUAUCUUGAGUGGAGAACUCACGGAACAAGAGAUUAAAUGCGAGACCUUCUCUCUGUUUACUACUAGUCAAGAAGCAGGAGCGAAGAUCGCGUCUGGAGUAUUAUUAGUUUUAGCACAUCUACCUAAUUGGCAGGAGAAAGUCUACAACGAGAUCGUGGAGACCCUCGGCCCGCUCGACGGCGAGGUGUCUGAGGAAGAUGUGAAGAGGCUUCAGUACCUGGACAUGGUGUACCGCGAGGUGCUGCGGUACCUUUCCAUCGCAGCCCUCAUACAGAGGACCGUGGAGGAAGAGGUCACUAUUGAUGAUGGCAAGCUGACUCUCCCAGUGGGCACCUCCCUGGUGAUCCCGAUCCACCAGCUGCACCGUGACCCGGCGCACUGGGCUUAUCCGGACCGGGUCAUGCCGGAGCGCUUCCUGCCUGAGAACUGCAAGGGACGGGAUCCUAACGCGUUUGUUCCGUUCAGUCUGGGACCUAUGGAUUGUUUGGGUCGAGUAUACGCCACAGCGAUGAUCAAGACGCUAGUGGUGCGCCUGCUGCGGCGACUGGUGUUCGAGGCCUCAGGGUCCCUGGAGUCUCUCGAGCUGCACGUGGCCAUCUCCGUGAGGUUCGCGCAGGGUUACCGACUGAGGGUCCGCCCGAGGACUGUGGCCAGCGGACGAGUGAAUGCUUAGUUUUGGCAACCCAAGGUCAAGAUGUGUCAAUGCUUAGUUUUGGCAACCCAUGAAGAGCAGAUGAAUGCCUAGUUUCACCAUACUCUGUUAUUAUAUAAUUAACACCCCUGUUACAUUGUUAUUUCAUCGAUUAUACGUCAUCUCCAUAUUAAAUUCUUGACUGAUAAUAAUAUGUCAAAAGUCAAUAAGUAAUCCCUUCUUACGAUCUAACAGAGUAAGGUGAAACUGGGGCUUAGCCAUUGGAGAUACAGAGAGAGGGAAGUUGAUGGCAUGCCUAUGAUAGAUAGGUACUAUAGUUAAGAGUUAACGCUCAAUUUGUAUUUAUAAUUUAGUAAAUUAUGAUAGAGUCGCAGUAUUUAUAUAAAUAAUAAGUAUACGAGAACGUACAUAGUAUGCACGAGAUUGACUUAAUUUAUGAAUAAGUAAAUUAGUACUGCUACUACUAAUGCAAGCUGAACAUUUUUGAUAAGUCUAAAUUCUGUAACAAAAUAACUUAAUCAAUUUGUUUUUGUAUGUAAUGAAAAACAAUUAUAAGUAAAUGAUUGUGUUUUUCGUAGGUACUUAUACAUAUAAGUAUUUUGGUCAUAUUCCUAUUAUGUAUACCACAGUCUACAUUACAUUCAUUAUACCUCUGAUAUAUUUAUUUAUUUAAACACUUUAUUGUAUACACUAAUUACACAGUUUAAAGAAGAAGUUACAAGAAAAACAAUAUAAGUACAUAUAUACAAAGGCGGACUUAUCGCCUAGCGAUUGAUAUAGAUACCGCUGAAAUACCGAUCAGAUAGGAAAAUUUACGGAUUAUGGGUAAUUGUGCUAAUAUUGUAAUUAACAAUCUCAAUCUUGUGACUUACCUUUAAAAUUAGCAAAUAUUUCCUACUAACAAUUAGUUAGUCAAUAAAAAAUACUGAAAUAAGUACAUAAAUCUGAAUAGUACAUAAAUGUAUAUAAAUAAGAAA